AUGGCUAGAAGUGCUACAAGUAUGGUGCCAUAUAUAUCAUCAGCUUGUAUGUAUAGUAAAAUUGCAAAUAUUCUACUAUUUUUCUAUGCUGAUCCUCGAAUGGGUGUUAUCUACAUACUAUUAUGUUUGUUACAUCUAUUGUUAUUGCCUGAACCAACUUAUCAGGGACCUGAUAACAUUGUAUAUUUUCAUGGUCCACUUUUAGAGGAAGAAUUUCAACAAGACAAACAUGUGACAUGGAUAAUAACUUUUUAUGCUGCCUGGAAUCCAUCAUGUGUUAGUUUCGCACCAAUAUUUGCUGAAUUAUCAGCCAAGUAUGAAAUGAUAUUUACAUGAAAAUUAGUAAUUACUUUAUAAUUUUAUUUGACCUGAUAAAAUAUUUAUACA